AUUUAUCCUUCCAGGAAUCCAAUCAUUCAUACAUCAACAUAUAUAGACCUCCUCAUACCUCAUAAUAUUAAUUGUCUGAUUAAAAUUAUGUGGACAAGUACAAGAUUAUCAUCAUGUUCUUGCAGCCUCCACAGGAUAAGGGCUUGUUCUUAUUUCUCUGAUCAUCAAACUUCAUCUUCUAAUUCUGCCUUGUUUGGGCACCAGAGAUAUGCAUACCACUCCAACAACUACACAACACAGCUACUAUUCUACUCUAACACAAAAACGAGGUAUAUACGUUUCUUACAUGAUGAUGUUAAUGUUCCCUAUUUCUUCAGAAACUUUAUCGUGUGUAACAACAUUCAACCAGCAGACGGGCAGUUGCCUCCGCAACCACAAUCAACUUUCUUCAGGAAUUGGAUUUUGGGAGUGGUGUUAGCAAUUAUUUUACCAUUAGUGACCACCAAUAGAAAAGGGCCAUUACUCAUCAAACUCAAAAAUGAUGUUGAUAGUAGAGUAGAGGCAAUAGAAGAGAUGGCGGAAACAGUAGAAAACGUGGCGGAGGCAGUGGACAAGGCGAUCGACCAGAUAGCCCAUCACCUUCCCAAAGAGGCCAAACUCCGAAAGGUGAUGCAUAUUGUGGAGGAUGUGGCCGAGAAAACUGCUAAGAAUGCUCAUAUCAUCGGAGACGUCAUUGAUGAAUUGCAGGAGAUUGAAGAAAAAGUGGCUAAAUCCGUGGUCGAAAGUCUCCGUGAAAAAGCCAUUAAGAAUUCCCAAGAAUCAAAAAAGGAUGAGAAAUGAGCAACCACAACCAAUCCUGUAAUUCAUUUAAUCAUAACUACUAUUGUAAUAGAUAGCAAGUAAAAAAUUAUUCUCUAUUUUAUAGGAAAUGCAAGCAAUUCAC